AUGUGGAGGAGAAUCGGCCAUCAACCAAAGAUCAAAGCUGGGCCUGGACCUCAGGCAGGCCAGUUCAAGGCUCUGGGUUCAGCUCAGGAAGCUGCAAUGACGCACCCUCUGGAGCUGUCGGUAUUCCAGAGCUUCCCAGUGUUGGAGGACAUGGGCCAUCACAUCAAAGAAGUGGGGGCCCAACUCGUAAAGAAAGUCAAUGCCAUCUUUCAACUGGACAUCACCAAAAACGGGAAGACCAUUCUGCAGUGGACCAUUGAUCUGAAGAAUGGUUCUGGGGACUCAUAUCCAGGACCUGCCAGGCUCCCAGCAGACACUAUCUUCACAAUCCCGGAGCCUGUCUUUAUGGAGUUGGUUUUGGGCAAAAUGAACCCACAGAAAGCCUUCCUUGCUGGCAAGCUCAGAGUGAGUGGCAAAGUUCUGCUUGGCCAGAAGCUGGAGAGGGUUUUCAAAGACUGGGCUAAAUCUUAA